ACUCGAAUAACUACUUUCGACUGAUAAGGACUUUUCUACAAAAUCCUUUAAAAAGAACCACAAUGAAGACUUCAGUAAUUUUUGUAUUAAUCGUGCUCAACCUGAUGUGGUCAGGUGAGGCCCAGGAGGUAGCGCGUACGUAUUGCGGAUCUCACUUGGCGGAUACACUCGCCGACUUGUGCUUCGGAGUGGUGAAACGCGGUGGUGCUCAGUACGCGCCCUACUUCUGGCAGAAAGCAUACUUGGGAUCUCGCGGGAAACGCGGCGUAGUGGACGAAUGCUGUUUCCGGCCUUGCACACUUGACGUUCUCGCAUCGUACUGCGGAUAGAGUAUUUCUACGUGACCUGCAAACUGUACUAAAUUUAUUUCAAAUUCAUUUUAAUAAAUAUCAUUCAUUCUCU